AUGUACAAAGAAGGGAAAUCGAAUGUAGUAGCGGAUGCACUCUCUAGAAGAUAUACUUUGCUUGGAAUUCUUAACAGCAAAUUACUUGGUUUUGAAUUGAUCAAGGAAUAUUACAAGGGAGAUGAUGAUUUUUCUACGCUUAUUGAAAGGUGUUCUAAGGGAUCCGUAGGUUCUUAUAUGUUGCAAGAUGGUUUUCUUUUUAAAGGAAAUCGACUUUGUCUUCCUAAGUGUUCUAUUCGAGAGCUAGUAGUUAGAGAAGCUCAUGGAGGUGGAAUUGCUGGUCAUUUUGGCAUUACAAAGACCUUGACUAUGUUACAAGAGCACUUCUAUUGGCCUAAGAUGCUUGCAGAUGUACAAUUAGUUGCAUCUAGAUGUGCAACUUUUUAA